AUGUCUGCAACAUAUUUGCUCCAAACUGUUAGUAGGAUCCCAUCGAUCCUGGAAUUACACUUACCCAGCUGUCAACUUUCUGAUCGGCCUUUGACCCUUCCUUUUCAUUUCACCUCUCUUUCCGUGCUUGAUCUCUCAAACAAUGGUUUCAAAUCCACAAUACCAGAUUGGUUGUUCAAUCUUAGAAGCCUAGUUAAGCUUGACCUCAGUAACAACCAUUUCCAUGGAGAAAUUCCUGAUGCAAUAUCUAAUCUAGCUUUUCUUGAAAGGCUUGACUUGUCAGGAAAUUCCAUUGGGGGUAAGUUAUCAAGAAACUUGGGAAAGUUAUGCAAUUUGCGCUCUAUGGAGCUUUAUGAUAAUAAAAUCUUUGGUGAAAUAGUUGAUUAUUUUGACAGUUUGUCUGAAUGCUUUAGUAACAAGUUGGAGACUUUGGAUUUGGGAGACAAUGGAGUAAUGGGAAAACUGCCCGAUGCUUUGGGAUAUAUUAAGAGCUUAAGAUUCCUUCGACUGUCGAACAACUCUUUACAACGCUUACUUCCAUGCUCUAUUGGAAACUUAAAAUCUUUGCAAAAGAUUUUACUAGGAGAUAACCGGAUGAGUAUAAUACCAGAAAAUCUUGGACAACUUUCAAAGUUGGUUGUGUUGGAUAUCUCGGAGAGCAUAUGGGAAGGAAUCUUAACUGAAGCUCAUUUGAUGAACCUUUCUGGCUUGAAGAAGUUGGUAAUCAGUUGUUCUAACCAAUCUCCAAACAAUAUUUCUUUGGUUUUCAACAUUAGCUUUGACUGGAUACCUCCUUUUAAGCUCAAAUAUCUCUCCAUCAAGUCGUGCCAACUAGGUCCUAAAUUUCCCACAUGGCUUCAGAAUCAAGAUGAGCUGAGCACUUUGUCACUCAUCAAUGCCUCAAUUUCAGACACCAUUCCAAAUUGGUUUUGGCAAAUGGAUGUGAAACUAGAUAUGCUAGAUCUCUCUUAUAAUAACAUAGGUGGCAGAGUGUUCAGCUCAUUAAGUUUCAACAAACAUUCAUCUAUGUAUUUGAUUUCAAAUCAUUUUGAUGGCCUCUUCCCAGUCUUGGCAUCAAACAUUACCACUUUGUAUUUGAGUAUUAAUCAGUUUUUGAAGCAAUGCCAUUGCUCUCCACUUUAG